UGGAAUCUAUCUUUUCAGUGACUCGACAGUGUACGUUCAAUAUACGAAAUCGCUUUGUGCUUCUCGGAAAAUAAUAAACUGCCGUCGUCUACGUCAGACGGCGCAUUACUCGCUCAUUGUUCUUUCAUCAAAAAUACUCGCUUACUGGUUCACUUACGAUUGCUAUUAACUUUCUCUCACGCCAUUUCACUGUUUUUUACCUCAGCUGUUAGAAGCAAUACACUCUGUUUAGUGGGCUAUCAGUUACAUAAUAAUAACAAUGCUAUCAGAACGAACAAUACAUACGCGCACUUCCACUUAUAUAUCAACGAACAACUCUGGAACAUUGAGUUACUUGUUGUCGUUUUUAUUGUGAUUAUUCAUUGAAAAUUCAGUAAAAAAACGUGUUUCUAUUUGAAAACGAAAUUAUACUAAACAAUUAUUUUCUUUUGAAAGAAAAAAGAGAUUAUGAUGAUAGUAUUAGUAAUAAUAAGUAAUAAAUAAUAAUCAAACAGAAAUAUAAAAAAUAUAAAAAUUCGCACAGUAUUGUCAAGCAGGAAUUAUGUUGCAGGAAAAGUGAUGAGUAGUAAUGAUUGAAUCAAUGUGAGUGGCGCGAAUCAAAAACAUGAUAUAUACGUUUCGAAAUUGUUUAUAGUGAAUCACAUCAAUUUAUUGUAUAAAUAAAAUAAAAAUAAAAAUAAAAACGAAUAAGAGAUUAUAAAAAUAUAUUGUAUCAUAGUAACGUGCUCGAAUCAUUAUUUUGUGUAUAAAGUGAAGAUUUAUCGAAAUGAGAAAAUCGAUUUCUGUAAAGUUCGAUUGCAAAAAAUUUACAAAAAAUAAGUUUACAAAAGUUUAAAAAAAAAGGAAAAUGUUAUGAUGACAACUUUGUGACAUUGAACCGAAACAAUUGAAAUCGUAUUAUAAGAAACUCUGCAAAAAAAGGGAAAGAUAUGAAAAAGAUCUAUUAUUGAAAAAAGCAUCGAAAUAUAUAUUCGAGAACUAUAUACUAUGUAAAAUGAUGAAUACAUAAAAUCAUGAUUAGAUACGAAUGACGUUAAGCAAGAAUCGUAGAAUCAUGUAAACUGUAAAAGGAAUUGAUGUGAAUUUGCAUAUUAAUGUUGCCGAAUAAAGAGUGAAGAAUUAAAAGAGGAUCCGUGUGGAAUUUUUAUGAUUUAUCAUUGUACAUAAUCAAUUGUAUUUUGUAUGCAUGUGUUAUGUGGGCAAUGACUAUUUGCCGUUAAAUGUAUUAGUGAAAGAUAUCGUCAAACUUAUUUGCGUUAGUAUUAUUUACGUCAGCACCGGUUACUUAAGAUUUGCAUAGCAAACAGAUUGACGUAUUAAUAAGUAUAUAAAAGAGAAGUUGCGACUUUGUGUUUUAUCAUACUACUACAGAAUACUACAGAAAAAGAUAAAGUGUAUGUAAGUCUUUUUUUAUUACUUCUGUAAAAAAGAAAGAGAGAAGAGAAUAGAGCAAGAUAUGUAGACAAUAGAGCAAAUGUAGAGCUUAAAAUAGAAAAAUGACUUCGGUUUAAACUUCGCCUCAAGGAAACAAACAAAUGAAGAGGAAUCGAAGAGACCUUUUCAAUUUUUUCAAGGAAAUUAUUAUUGUGCUCUUGUGAUAUGUUUCUAUAAAUCUGACAGUGUCAUGUUCAUGAUUAUAUAACAUAAAAAGAGAAAUUUACAUUGUGGCGAUGACAGAUCAACAAUUGACAAAUAACAACAAUAAUAAUAAUAACAAUAACAACAACAAUAACAAUAAUAAUGGCGAACAAAAUUACUUGCAUAAAAAAUUCAAAAAAAUCGCAACGAUCGAGUUUACAUUGACAACAGAACCGAAGAAGAACAACAACAACAGUUUUUCAGAGUCAACGAAAAGAAAGAAUUUCAGAGAAUCGUCGAAAGACUCGAUCGAGAUCUCCCUGGAAUCAGCGGAAGAAAAAUCAGCAAUGUCAAGGAAAAAUGGUUAUGUAUGCCCUUGUUGCAGAUUAUCGUGUGCAAAACCAAAUGUCCUACAAAAACACAUCAGAGUUCAUACAAAUGAAAAACCAUACCCUUGUAUGCCUUGUGAAUUCGCAUUCAAGACUAAGAAUUUUUACAAGCAUUGCAGAUCUUGCACUCACGUCCUCAAAAGGGAAGGUGAUGCUAGCAAGAUAUCGGAGAAUUCAGACGUAAAUUUGUCCGACAGCAUGAGCAAAGAUAGCAGCACAUCAUCACCUUUAUCUUCUACAAUGACAAACUUAAAAACUAUUAAAGUUGAAAAAAUUUACAAGCCAAAAUUUCAAACAGCAUUACAAUACGCCAACAAUAACAUUGAAACGUCUUUCCUCUCCUUCACUUCUGCGAAUAGUUCUUCCUCAAUGACAGUUAUUGUUGUGCCAAAAUUAAAUCCCAAGUAUCAAAUACAAAAGCAUAUUGAUAAAAUUAUCACGGACAAUCAUAUAAUCAUCGAUACAAUGGAUCCACGAUUACACAAAUUGAUCCAAAGACAACAAAGUCUCGUGAAAACGAAGCAAUUCAUCGAUCAACCGUUGAAUCUCUCUUCUGCGAAAGGAUCUUUGAGGAAACGAUGUUAUAACGAGAGCUUCGUUCAACAAUGCAAAGUUUGUCCCAACGAAUCAAAACAUGGUUCUAUAAUCAAAAAUCUUUUAUUGAAAAAUCAAAAUUCAUGUCAGAAAAGUAAAGCUGAGAAUGAAAAUUAUUAUUGUUCCUCUUUUGACGUACCGGAUAUUCUCGAUAUCCAUCGUAAAUAUCAAUUGGAAAUCAAGAAAGGAGAAUCCAAUUUAAAUUCAAAGUCUUCCGAUUAUUAUAGCAAUUUACAAUGCCUCUCUUCUUCUGAUUCUCUUCUAUGCAAUACGAGACUAAUUGACACGUAUAUAUCGCCCGUGAAGAAACAUAAAUCAGAAUUCGUACCGACUACGUUACAAUCUCUCGAAGAACUGUAUAUAAAUUCGUUACAAAUGUUCGGCGAAGAAGUUAGAAUAUUGAAUAAUACUGGUGAAAGUAAGACGAUGAGAAUCGAAUCACAAUCAAUAAAUUCUCAAACAGAUAAAGAGAUCGUGAGCAACAAAUGCAUUACUUCUGAGAUUGCUUCGGUAGUCAGAUCAGAUUUCCAUUCAGGAGGUACGAUGGUAUACAAACCACCAGUUUUCACUUCAAGUUCCUUCAUAUCUUUGUCAAAUGUGCCGAAAAUAUUGACUUCUGUCAUACCAAAUAUAUCAAGUACAAUAAAAUCCAUAAAUUUAACAAAAACAGAAAAAUCUGAAACAAAACUGAUGAAAAACAAGGACGUGUCCUCUAAAGAAAAGACCAAACCAAACAAAUUCUCGAGGCCCAUUUUGUUAUCGUUGAAACCAAGCACGUUCACAACAAAGAAACAUCACGGAAUCACUGCUACGGCAAACAUACUUUCGCUUAUAAGUCCGGAAACUCCACGACCGAAGAAAUCUUAUGGACAGCUUUACCUGAAUGGACAUGCUCAUACAUAUCUUGGCCUGAAAUGCUCGACCAGAGUAUUCUACUGCACUCUGAACAAACCGCAACCAAUGUACAUCACGCAACAAUAUGGUUUAUCCAUGUACUCGAAUUGGAAAAUAUGUAAAGAAGCGCCACCAGACAUUAACAUGACGCAUUAUAAUUCGAGUCAUAGAUUGAUUAAUUAUACGAUUGCGUGGAAAAAACAAGAAGAUAUUCUAACACAUUCCUCGCACAGACCUAUUAAUAGUUUGGACAAUGGUUUGAAUAGCGAUAUGAAAGAAAAAUCGAGAAGAGUCAAGAUGGUCGAAGAAAAUUUGGAAAACAAUGAAGUCUAUAUGUCAUAUGUUAAAGAAAAAGGUAAAGAAAUAUUAUCAUUUUUAUCUAUUAUGUUUCUUUUAUAGAAAAAAAUAUUUAGAAUUUUUGUUUUAAAUAAGAUAUUAUAAAUUCUCAUGAUUAAGUUUCUCAUAAUGAGUUUCAAAUUAUUUGUUUAUUACAUAAGAGAUCUAUUAAGUCACAAACGAAGUUCUUGCAUUAAAUAGGUUUGCAUCUAAUUAUAUCAAAUGUGUCAUAUUUAGAAUUUUAUUUAAUAAAUUGUCUAAAAUAAAUUAUUCAAAUUAUUAAUCGUAUAACAAUAUAGAUUAAGUUAUUCUGUUUUUGUAUAUAGAUUAUACAAUAAAGAUCAUCAAUAAUAUUUCGCAUAAAAUAAAGGAUAAAAAACAAAAUUAAAUAUAUUUAAAAUUAAGUAAAAAUAUUCAAUUUUAAUCAAAAUUAUCAAUUAUAAUUUAAUAAUAUUAACAUUCAUGGGUUUUUAAUAUUCAUAUUGUAAUUUUUAUUUUAUUUUUUAAUAAAAAAUUCAAAAAAAUUAGCCAGAUUAUUAUAAAUAUUAUUAUUAUAAAUGUAUUAUUAAUAUCGUUAUUAUAGAAAAAAAGGAAAUGGAUAUCUAUUUUAUUGAUAAUUAUUAAUAAUUAUUAAUAGUUAUUUUAUUGAUAAUUUAUUAAUAAUUUUAAAAAUUAUUAUUUUUUGUCAUUUAAGAUAUAAUUUUAUUUGAAGAUAUAAUUUUUUAAUAAUAAAAUAAUUGGAAUUUUAUAAUUUUUUACUUUUCAUUUCAAUAAUUAAAAGAUAUUAAUUAAUUUUAAUUAUUACAAACAAAAAAUAAGGGAAAAUAAUAAGAAAUUUAACUUUGCAUAUUUUGAAUUAUAUUUGACAAAAUUUUGUUAUGGUUAAAAUAUUUCUUAAGCUUGAGAAAAAAAUAUUAAAAUCAUUAUCAAUACAUUUAAUUUUUAUUCUAAUUUUAUUAAAAUUUUUCUCAAAAUAUUAAAAGUUUUCAUAUUUAUGGAAAAAAAUAUGUAAAAUAAAAAAAUAUAAAAGAAACCAUUGUUAUUUUAAUUUUUUUCUUCAAAUUGAAUAUUGAAAAAAAAUAAAUUCAUUUCUAUAGAUAAAAAUUAAAAAAUCAUAAAAAUAUAUUGAUUUUCUUGGAUUAUUAUUGGAUUGUUUAUAUUUGGAUAUUUUCUGUGAAUUCUUUACUUUUAUCAUAUCACGUUGAUUUUUCUCAAAGAUAUUUAUAUUAUUAAAAAAAAAUAAAUUAAAAAAAAAAAAAAUUUCAUUCAUUUUCGAAAAUUUCAUAAAAUGAAAUUACAUACAUAUGCACAAUUUAACAUAUGUUUUAAUGUAUAUAUUUAUCUAAUAUACAUGUUUUUAUAGUUAACAAAACGGUACAUCAAUUUGUAAUAUUUAAUAUUUAGAAGUAAUAAGACAAUAAAGAGGUAAUAUUCGUUUUUAAACACACACACACACACACGAAUAACUUAUUUAUUAAACACGUAUAAAUAUAAAUAUAAUAACUAUACAUUAAAAAUAUAUAAUAUUCAUAUAUAUAAUCAUAUAUAAUUAUUAAUUAUAAUUAAAAAUUAUAAUUAAUAAUAAAAAUUGUAAUUAAUAUUAAUUAUAAAUA